AUGCUUCGUUUCCCUUUCCAACUGAUGUGGGAUCUCACAAUCCAUCUUAUUGAGGGGCCAUCGUUCUUCGUUUUCUUCUUCAACCAAUGUGGGAUCUCACAAUUCACUCUCUUGGAGACCUAACGUUCUUCAUUCUCCUCUCCAAUCGAUAUGGAAUGAAUCUCACACAGAGAUUGCCUAUAUUGGAUGAUGAGAUGAGGCGGAGGAUUUUGCAAUAUGAUUUGCAUAUUCCGUGGGAACUGUGAAAAGUGACAGAAAUUAAGAUGAGCGUCACACUAAAACUAAGACACGACUGGGACUCGUAUGGAAGUAGCAGUGAGAAAUCUUAGACAAUGGUUGAAAGUCCGAUCCAGCAAUAUUGCAUGAGUGAAGAAGGGCAAUUCUGCUUGUAAAGCUCUUUCGUCGAGUGCAUGAUCAUGAUAGGAAUCGAGAAAGAAGCUCCUACUAGUGCCAGCAGACGCGAUACACCCAUCUCCUUCUUCCUCAUAACUUGGAGCUCCAUUUAAAGCUCAAACACAGAGAAAGACAGAGACCAAAAAAUGGGCAUUCUUGACACUGUCUCAGAUUUAAUUUCUGAUUUUGUGACCAUUUCCAGACAAAGGAACAAAAAACCAUUGCAGACAGUGGAGAUCAAGGUCAAAAUGGACUGCGACGGCUGCGAGCGUCGAGUAAGAAACGCUGUCUCCAAAAUGAAAGGCGUGAAGACGGUGGAAAUAAACAGAAAACAGGGCAAAGUUACAGUGAUGGGGUUCGUGGAUGAGAACAGAGUGUUGAAGAAAGUGAGAAGAACGGGGAAAAGGGCGGAGCUAUGGCCGUAUGUGCCGUACAAUGUGGUGGCGUAUCCCUACGUGGCGCAGGCCUACGACAAAAGGGCGCCGGCGGGCUUCGUUAAAAACGCCGUUCAGGCAGUCCCAAGCCCUAAUGCCGUCGACGAGAAGCUCACCACCAUGUUUAGCGAUGACAAUCCUAACGGCUGCUUCGUUAUGUAAUUCAAACCAUUAUCCAACCUCUUUUUUUUUUUUUUUUUUUUUACUUUUUACUUCGCUGUAGAAGUUAAUUUUUAUUCCAAUACUUUUUACCCCAUA